AUGUCGCUCAAAGAUACAAUUCGUAUUGCGCUCAAAUGGGGAAGAUUUAGUCCGAUUAGAGUACAUAAUACAAACGGCGACAGUAGCAUUGACAUGAUAGUUGAGCACGCUAGAUACGAAUUUAUAAUACGAUGCAAGGAUCGGUCGGCCGACGAGUCAGAUGUCCAUAAGGUAGAGGACAUCCUUGCCAGACGCGCCGACGACAACGAAUAUAUAGUCGGUGUUCUGGCAGCUCGAUCCUUUUCUGAGAAAGCAAAGUAUCGAGCAUUUGCUUCCAGAUACAAUGUCAUCUUGGCCAAUGAAGAUGACAUUGCUUGGAAAAUAAAAGCCCCUGCAUAUGGAAUAACACAUCCGGAAGAUAGUGAGAUUGCAACUCUUCGUCGGUGCAUCAGUUACUCGGCCGUUAGUUAUUGCGAAAAUAACAACGAUCUCGACAAUUGGAAUUGCGGCAAACAUUGCAACAACGCACCUGGUACAGAAUUUGUACAAGCGUUUAGUGCACGUCGUACUUUCUAUCAAGUGGAAUUUUUGGGUGACAACUAUGGUUAUAUUGCGGUGAACCACAAGUUUCAGGAAAUCGUCGUUGCUUUCAGAGGCACAACAAAUCUUUUGAAUAUAGCAGAAGACUUGAACACCAUGGAAAGCGUAUUUCAAGCUGAGGGAGUUCAAUACGAGGGCGAGAGUAUAUCGCAAGCCGUUCGUAAUUACACACAUGUUCAUAAAGGGUUUUACGAUGCUUGGAAAUCACUUAAAGACGAUAUCAACGACAAAUUAAACACUCUGAUCAACCAGUAUCAAGGAUACUCCGUUGUGGUAACUGGACAUAGUUUAGGUGGUGCAAUGGCAGUAUUCCAAGCAGUAAAUAUUAAAGAAACUUAUCCCGAAAUAAUGCCACGAUUAUACACAUACAAUGCUCCACGCGUUGGAAACGAAUAUUUUGCCUAUUACGUAAACAAUGUGUUGGAUUGGAUGCGACGGGUAGUCGUGGAAACCGAACCCGUUUCACAUUUUUUAAGUGGUCCUAUGAUUACGAAAACGCUUGAAACCUAUACCUGGAAGCACCACAAAGGGGAAGUAUGGAUUGCAAAUCACACCCAAGAGAAAGAGGGUACCUUUGUAUGCGCGGGAAGUGAAAAUGAGUUUUGCAGUCACAGUUUGCAGCCACGUGACUUUCUUACAUCGUUACACGAUUCGAUAAAGGAUCAUAGUGGGCCAUUCUUUUGGGACAUUAUGACCAGUAAGGAUUGGCACGGUUGUAAGAAUUUUUCAAAAUAUGAACACAUUGAUACGUAA